AUGCGCAUUUUAGCCAAGAAGGUUAUUUCGUUUCCAAAUCCAUCCGGACACGAAGUGGAAGAGCUAUUGGGGUUUCGCGCCCGUACUGAUGUUCAGGAGCAGCAACAUCGUUUCGAGGAUUUUCGAGCGUCAGAUUCGAACACCUGCUCCCGGUACCAGUGUUCAUUGUGCUAGGCAGUUCUAUGAGAACUUAGUCCCAAGUUGCACCAUAUAUGAUAUUGAGUGUCCAGAUCAUUCUUUCCGCAAGUUUACUGAUGAUGGUCGGUACCUCAUAAGUUUCAGCAGGAACCAUCAGGAUCUAAUAGUUUAUAGACCGACCUGGCUUUCAUUUUCAUGCAAGGAAGAAGAUUGUGAUUUUCAUGAUCUGCCCUCAAAAGCGAAGAGGUUUGAGAGCUUCUUCACCCAGCUGUACUGUGUGUCACUUGCAUCUAGCAAUGAACUUAUUUGCAAAGACUUCUUUUUGUAUGUGGAGAGUAACCAAUUUGGGUUGUUUGCUACUUCGACUGCACAAAUUCAUGAUGCACCUGCUAUUGGGGGUGCCAUUCAAGGAGUGCCGUCCAUAGAAAAGAUAACGUUUCACCUCGUUAGAUUGGAAGAUGGAGUUAUACUGGAUGAGAAAGUAUUCUGCAAUGACUUUGUUAAUUUAGCUCAUAAUAUGGGCGUUUUCUUGUAUGAUGAUCUAUUGGCUAUUGUUUCUAUUCGCUAUCAGACAAUACACAUUCUUCAAAUUCGGGAUUCUGGAAAUCUUGUUGAUGUUCGAGCUAUUGGGGCAUUUUGUCGAGAAGAUGAUGAGCUUUUUCUUAAUUCUCAUGCUCAGUGCAUGGUGUUUGUGGAUAAAAGUAAACAGCAUGAUUUAUCUGCAAAUCAAGUUGAAAAUGGUCUACAAUCUCACCAGAAUAUGCCAGGAACACCGUUCUUGAGUGGUAUCAAGCAGCGGUUACUCUCAUUUAUCUUCCGUGGAAUAUGGAAUGAAGAAACGGAUCAUACCAUGGUACAAUUCUUAGACCGGCAUCACCUGCUAAUCAAGUUCGGUAGUGUAGACGGAGGAGUAUCACGAAACACUGAUCACCAUCCUGCAUUCUUUGCUGUAUAUAACAUGGAGACAACUGAGGUUAUUGCAUUUUAUCAGAAUUCGGCAGAUGAGCUUUAUUUCUUGUUUGAGCAGUUUUGUGACCACUUUCAUGCAACAUCAAGAAAUUUAUUGUACAUGAACUUCAUAUCAUCGCAUUCCAAUAACAUCCAUGCUCUUGAGCAACUUAGGGGCAUCAAGAAUAAGUCUAGUAGCUUUUCACAGUUUGUGAAGAAGAUGCUCACCUCAUUGCCCUUCAGUUGUCAGUCACAGAGUCCGUCUCCCUAUUUUGAUCAAUGUCUCUUCAGAUUUGAUGAAAAGCUGAUUUCUGCAGCUGACCGCCAUAGGCAAUCCACAGAUCAUCCCAUCAAGUUCAUAUCAAGAAAGCAUCCAAACUCCCUUAAAUUCAAGAUAAAACCAGGUCCAGAGGCUGGUGGACUAGAUGGCCGGACAAAGAAAAUCUCUUCAUUUCUGUUCCACCCAUUCUUGCCCCUUGCUCUUUCCAUCCAACAGACAUUCUUGCAACCAUCUGUUGUGAAUAUUCACUUCCGGAGAUAGUAAAUUUCCUACUGCCUGUUGUCUCAUAUUUGCAGAAUUCUUUUUCAGGGAAGGGGAUGAACCAAGAAGCAACGUACUAAUAGCUGAAGAUAUAUAUAUAUAUAUACAUAUAUAUAUUUAUUUAUUUAUAGUGAACAGUAGUAUUUCCGUAUGUCACACACUUGUCGGCCCUGAUAUUUUCUGUUUCCGUAGAGUGUUGCACUUGCAAUGAGCAAAUGAAGGAUCUUAGUUUUCUGACUUCUAAUUGUAAUUGUUAAGUGGUUUGUUACCUUAGGUUUUAUAUAUAUAUUAGUAUUAAAAGUGUGAGGUCUA